AUGCCCUGCUUCUGCGAGUGGGGGCAGCUCCCUGAGGGCCACGAGGGGCCUUGCGACAACCACCUCUUGGUGACUCCCGUGCUCGCAGGCCCUGCAGUGCACGCUCCCGAGGUGACCGCGGGGGAGCGAGCACUACCAAGUGCUCAUGAGGUGGCCGCCGGGGAGCAGGCUCCACCACGUGCUCCUAAGGUGGCCGCUGGGGAGCAGGUGCCACCAUGUCCUCCUGAGGUUGCCGCCCCUAGCCCGUCGGGUGAUGGGGGAGGAGCUCCGCCAACGGACGCAGCUGCUGUCCCUACAGUGGAGGGCUACGCGCCGGCCCCCAGCGCGUCCCUUCCAGAUCUCGGGGCAUCCUGGAAGAGGAAGGGGCUCAGAAGCCGCCGCAACCUUGUCCCACUGACUCUGAAAGGAGGAAGUGGAUAG